UGCAGUCAGCAAACAUCCACCACGAGUAGCUGUAAUGCAAAGAGGAUACGAGCCGCAGCACCACAAUCAUUAGGGAACAAGUUAGCAUCAAACUGUCAAGAUACCACCGGUCACUACCUAAAGCCUGUUUUCUGGCGGUGAGUUUAGCCACAGUUUAUUCGCCUUUCUCUCGGAUCGAAGCUGCCUCCUUUUGCCGCCUUUCUUCACUGCUUAGUUUGUCAACAAAUGAGCGGGCAGCUGGCGCUGGGGCAUGCCCGGGCAGAGACUGGAUGAGCGGACUCGCACACUGCUGGCAUAUGGCAAAGGGCAUUUUCUGAAGUAUUUUUACCCACUUUUUCUCGUGAACGAGUAUUUUUCUUACCUUAUUGUCACUGAGGACGUGUUGAUCGACUGGUUUAAAAGACCACAUCUAUCAAGUGGACUGUCCCGGUCUUUGAGCAGCCAUGGGACUUUACCGCUGAGGCGUCGUAUGGAGGAUGAGGAGGACAUGUCCAGACCCAUCUCACAGUUCUGGGGAACGCCUUUCAGGGACAUCAAAUACGAAGACCCAACCUCACCCAUGGCGGCUGGACAGGCCCUGGCUGCAGUCACCGUGGCAGUGCCUACUGCACAGAACCACAACAACAGCAUCAGCAUCAACGCACUGCCCUGCAGUCUGCAUUGGCAACCACGCACCCCCUUUCAUGGCAACGCUGGAUUACGCCCACACUUCCCUGCUCAGUUUGAGCCUAUGGAGGACCGAGGAGAGAGGUCAAUGGAUGAGGAAGAUGAGGGCAGAGAGGAGGAAGAAAAUGUGUCGGCGCAGAGGAACGAGGAGCCACCUGCAGUGAGUGCCGAGGUUCAGAUUGGACGCAAACUCCGGGAAAUUGGAGACAAGUUCCACCAGGAUCACAUGGAUGUGUUCAUGAGGCAUCAAAGACAGAUUCUUCCCGCCUGGAUGCGCCUCCCUAUAGCUCUGUUUGGCUUCCUCUUUCCCCGAGAGCCAGCACAGCCUCGCCUUCAGGGGCAGCAGAGAUGAACGCACUUCCUGUCUGCUCCUUGUCGUCAUCACGAACACUCAGACUGAUGGACACUGUGGAGACAAGGGACUUUUUACACAGAAAUGGCACUGUAAAGAUGAAACACGGGUUAUGGAUUUUGGUUUCAUUUUCUAACUGGAUCUGAAGAUGAAGAACACUGGUCGCCGCUGGACGGCGACUGUGAGAUUUUUUUAAUUGAAUUGUGGUCCUGUUAUUUUUGUCUUUUUCGCCUCUGAGAAGAAGCCAUUGUGUUUGAAGAGAUAUUUUCAAAAUAUUUGUAAGAUGACCUAUUUUGUACAGUUUUUAUUUGCAAAAUUCAAGUCUUGAAGGACCUCCAUCAAGUCCAGAGAAUGCCUUAUUCUCUCUCCCGCCACAGACAACUCUUUCGCAUCACGGACUGCAUUGACACAAAUAGGACAAAACUAUUUUUGUCUUGGAACUGUGGACAUUUUCAGCAAAAAACACUUAGGAGGCAUAUUUUUUCAAAUUUAUUCUCAGAAAUAUAACAGGCCCUAUAUUAAUUUUCUCACUGUCCCACACUGGCUAAUAUUGUAUUCACAGUCAAGCUUCCACUGUUACCCAUACACCAUCUUGUUGGACCACUGUGUAAAGUACAUGCUGUUAAAAUAUACAUAACUUGAAUACUACUAAUGUCAUCCCAAUACAAUAAUUUUGCUUAAUUUUCAGAUGGUUGGUGUGCUAACAAUUCAGACUUAAAUAAGCACAAGUAGAUUUGGUUUAGUCUCUUAUAGGUGGAUAAAAUCAGGGACGUUACAACAAUCAGAUUCCUGUCAUCAGCUGGUUUGACAAUCCUCACACCACGCUGCAUUGUGAAUCGCCUGCAAAAGAGAUUGAUUGGCAAUAUAUAGAAUAAAUAAGAAUCAAAAAGUCUAUGAAAAAAGUCUAUAAUUUCCUUAUUUUUACUCCAAGUGCGCCUUCACACCCAAAAGCACUUCCUAGCUCCAUCCUGCAUGAAUGAGAUUUCCUAAGUUUCAAUCAACCUUUAAGUGCUUUUUGUCAACAAACUGCCAGUGCAACAUUCAGUCAUAAGCAGCGGAUAUGCAUUACUCCAAAUACAUGCCACACAGCUUUCACAUCCAGGUUUUGCAGCCACACGUUAAAUAAGUAUCAUUUUUUAGAUUUUUAUAAAGACACUGAUAGGUUUAAUUCCUUUAUGUUUUCUUCAGGGAGUAGUUUACAACCACAUUUAUUGCAUUAUGUGUCACAAAAUAGUUCGGAGGUUGAUUUUUGACUACUAGUUGAAGUAGCUAAAAUGCUUAGUUGUUUUUUUUUCCUGCAAACACUGAACGCUGAGCCAAAUGUUGUGACACUUCCAAAACAGUCUCAAAACAUCUCCACUGUGCGGGCUACUCCCUGUCUUUUCUCUUACUACAACUUUUUUUUGUUUAAUUUAUUCUUAAUUUAUUUAGUGUAUAUUUGCUCAGUGCUACUGUAUAGAUCUAUGGCAUGUACAGUCGUUUUACUUCCUCAUUGAUGAUGUGCAUUCAGUCGCGUGAUUGGUGCCUGUGUGCGGGAGGGCGGAGUCAAAACUAAGCCAUGUGCCUCGCGUGAUCUCACACGACUGGCUAUUUUUUAUAUACGCCAAAAACUAAUAAACAACAACAGACAAUCAAAAUGUACUAAAUGUGCCUUGUGAAGAACUGACUUGCCAUGCUAUCAUCAACACUCGGCAUUUAUGUCAACUUUUUUUUUUUUACAGUUGUGAGAAAAGCUAAAAAAAAUACUUCAAACGAGGCACAGGCUCAACCUUUGGCAUCAACCACUUCUUAAUAUCAGACUGUUUGCGAUCAAUGUGCACUGUAAAAAAUGAUUUCUUUGACUUGUAUACUGUACUCAGCGCCUCUCUUUCUACUCCAGUGCUGAAUGCCCCCCCCUGUCUAGAUUGUCAAAGCUUUUUUAACACCUGUGAUAUGCUGGAUUGACCUGUCUAGCCUAGGUCUCUGCUUUAUCCCUUAAAAUCUAGAAGGGCUGUGGAUUUCAAAAUGGAGGAUUGAGCCACCACGGUGCCCAGUAUUAUUUAUACACGAGAAAUGGGUUAAACAGCAAUAGGAGUUCUUAACUGAGCCAGAUUGUACCAACUACUGCUGCCACCCUGACUUAAGUUAUACGUUCUACCUUCAGUGUCUUUCAAACUUUUUUUGUUGAUUCGUUCAUUUGAAAUAUCCAAGCCGGAGUGCAUCUUUUACUGUCAAGUGCUGUGAUUUGGUGUUUUUUAUACAUUUGACAUGAAUUUGACACAUUUAUAACAAUUUUUAGAAAUUUUCCAUGACUUUUUGUAAGAAAUGAAAUUACAAACAAGUUUUAUUUUGCUUUUCUAUAAUGGCUUAUACUGCAAUGUUGUGGCAUCUUUUUCAUUAGAUAUCGCCAAGUCUGCUGUGUCACUCUCAGUUCAAGGGCUGUUUUCUUUGGAUAUAUGUAAAAAAAAAAUGCAUGUCCGACAUUCCUGUUAAAAUUUGUAUCUUAAGGGUUUGAAUGUAAUUGAAUGGAUAGAAAAACAACACAAUCUUAUCUGAUACUGAACAGUGGAACUUAUUCAAACCAUAUUCGCGGGAGGAGGUUGUCAUGGCGAAGGUCCCUUCCCAGAGCAGAGCGGUCCCAUUGAUUUCACAUUCAUGACGCGAGGCCCAGUCACAUGUAGCAGUUGUGUUUGUUGAAGCAUUGUCUGUGUGAUCUUUGGGACGGUUCUGGCUCAACAUUUGGAGACCGCCAGGGACCAGGAGGGACUAAAGAAGGACACACCAGGACGUGGGAUGUUUGUUCUUUUUCUAGUGCAAUAUGCUGUACAUAAGAGCUCUCAACAUCUGACAUUUUUCUCUUAAUUUCUGUUGUUGUUAAAUGGGUACAUACAUUUGCUGUUUUGUUUUUUCAUUAAAAUUUAUUGAUGAAUGAA